AUGGCCACGAGAUCUUCCAUCGACAAGGGAAGAUCCUCAGUGGAGAAGAAGCGAUGGAAGCCGCCGCCAUUGGAAACUGCUGGCUCGCUAUCACAAAUCCCGACCGACCACAGAGGCACUCCAGCGUCGCCAAGGCCUCAAACUCCCACCCAACUCGAAGAACGCUCCCUCAAUUCCCCGAAAGCCCAACCAGGUCACCAACGCUUCGUCUUGACCGAUCCUGUUGCAUUUCGAUACCUGGAAGAAGAUCCUUCGACAUCCGUCCUCGACAGACGACGUGAGCUCCACGGCUACGAGUGCUAUGUCGUCGAGCAAUGGACCACCUCUCGGAGCCAUCCAACAUUUCUCAUCACCACAUACACCGGCGAUCCCUCACAUGUAGUCGUGGUCAGCGUCCUGAGCGUGCCAACCGAUGAAAGUACCUGGUCGCUACGACUGCGAGUCUAUUUCAAAGCGCUGAAUCAAUACCACGCCCGCCGUCGAGACACUCCACUCGGAAUCCUCAUGGUCACCAACCUCUCCGGCUUUCCUUCAUCUCUUACGGUCCUAGCAGUCCCCGACGGAGAUGUCACGAGGCAUCGUCACGAGUUCUUUGUCAACGAGGAUCUCAAACGACUUGGCUGCUCUGGUCGGUCUGGCUUAUCUUUGGCACCACCUGCUAUUGCGACUAUUGCCAAAUUUCACCAACUCUAUCGAACGAGCGACAAGAACGAAAUCUAUAAAUCCGUCAUAGAACUAGUCAAACUCUCUCAAAGCGCUUUGACUCUGUUCGACAAGCUGGAGAUCGACUAUAACGAUGGCCUAUUGUGUGAUGUUACAGAGAAGGCGAUUAACGACUGGUGGGUCGAGAUCGGUGGUGACUACUAUAACGUCGAACCUCAUGAUGGCGUUCUUGGCCCCACGACUGUUGCCGGCUUGCUAGGACUUCUCAUGGGUGCGAGGAACAGACUGAAUGCGCUUAAUGCUCCUGUACCGAAAGAUCCAUUCGACGUUGAAGCCAUGAAGAAGGGAAUUGGCACUUUUCAGAAGCAGCAACGGAUCAAUCGCACCCGCCGCCUGGAUCGCCGUACUCUAGAUCGCCUACACAAAGCGACGCAGAAAGCCGCAGACAAGGAGCGAUGGGCCGUCCCAAAAGCUGUCAAAUCGACAGUGGCUGAACUGAGCGGAAAGGGAGGUGAAAUGAUCAUUGAUGCGGUAGGCCGACGGGAUCGAGCUGGUAUCGCGGAAAUCGAGACUGUUGAUAUCGACCGAUUUGUCCAGCUUGUCUUUGGGGACCGGGCGAAAUGGCUGUGGUAUGGCAAACCCAUCAAGAAACACAGACUGAGCGACGGCCACGAUCCGAAGGAAGUGUCAGAACCGCCAGCCUUCAACCGCACCUUGGUCUUCAAAUCGGACGAGCACGGCGGAUUUGCUUGGACCUCGGGAUGGAAAAGCACUGUAGACGGUGUGCCUGCCUCCAGACGAGAGCAGGACAAGGAAUUCGAAGAGUUCAACCGACCAACGCCGCUUGAGGAGGGUGAUGAGAGUGAGGAAGGUCUUGCUAAGCCUUCACUUUUGAAGCGUGCCACAAACAUUGGCAAAGGCGCUGUGGGACUUGGUCACAGAUCGAAGCCUUCCACUGACGAUCACUCACCAACGUCACCUGUGGAACGGAAUGAAACCAAAACGCGCAGACCGCUACUGAGAAGGUCACACACCAGCCCGACUGGUAGUCCCAGCAGUCCAGAAGAAGGCAACAGGAGUGACGGACGGGGACAGAUGCACACCGUUGCUGAGCAAAGCAGUCGCUUGAACGUUGCUCUUGGCAGAAAGCGAGCAGACACCGCCGAGUCACGCUCCAUGAUUGACGCAUCAGAUACACAACUGGCUUCCCAAGAAAGCUUGCAGCCGCCUGCCGUUGCGAGUCUUUCAAGAGAGAUCAGCGGCGAGACGAGCGAGCAUCCACAACAGGAUGAGAAUGGCGAUACAGACCCAUCACGGACUGUUACUGCGACAGCGUCAGUAGCAGGCUCGAUAUACAACGGCAUCGACCUCAAUGAGAUCCUACCGACUGGUCCCGAGACUGAAGUUGACGCCAGCACUCUCCUCCGCCGGACACUCUCCUAUAAUCACUACGUCAACGUCCAACUCCAAGCCCACUCGAGCGCAGCUUUCCCACGCCACCUCAGUUUCAGCUUAGCGGAAGACAGCGUCCUUCACUGGACCGGUCCGGCAGAUGAUGGCGACGAUCCUUUCUACGACACCAACCUCGACGCUCAACUCGCAGCAGAAGAGCUUGAAGCCAAGGAAGCCAAGCGCCUACGCAGUCUGAUCACCACCCUUCAAUCUGAGACGACGGACUGGACGAUGGGUCAAAUCCGCCGUCUCGAUCAGAUUCUUGAACAGUGCGACUACGAUCAAGGGACGCUCGAGUCAUUACACUACCCGAAGUUGCAGGCGGUGCGAGAAAUGCAAGUCCAUUCCGAGGGCGUUUUGCGGGAAGCAAAGGAACGAUUAGAGGAAGGUGCUAAAGAAAUCGAGACGUACGCUGCGAAGCUCGAUUACGAGAUUGGUGGACUGAGGAGCAGAGUUGAGGAUGUUCAAGCUGGCGUGGAAGAUUACGAGAAGGGCGUACGAAGAGUCGAGGAGAGAGUCGUGGAGCUCGAAAAAGAGGGCGAGAAGAAAGGAUGGGGAUGUGCUGUGCAAUGA